ACUACUACUACUACUAUUAGAAGAAAUGUAAAAGGAAACCCACAAUAAAAUAAUUUCCUUGCUAUUUAAAAGCAUCUCCUUUCUCUAACCUCAUAACAAACUCAAUUUCUUGUGACCGGUCACUCAUCCUCUCAACAACGAGAGAAAAAAUACGCACACAAAAACCCUAAAUUUUCCUCCUUCAGAUGACCAAUCAUUAACCAUUCAAAUUUAAUUAUCUCAAAUAAUCAAACUUAACCCCCACGAUAAUGUAUUUCACCUCCGUCGCCGCCACCGGAACGAAGAAAGACCCCAACGGUGGCCAAGCUCUUCUCUUAGGACGCUACGAGAUCGGGAAACUCCUCGGACACGGCACUUUCGCUAAAGUUUACCACGCGCGGAACGUCAAAUCCGGUGACAGCGUAGCCAUCAAAGUACUCGACAAGGAAAAAAUCCUCAAAGGUGGCUUAAUCGCUCACAUCAAGCGCGAAAUCGCCAUCCUCCGCCGCGUCCGCCACCCGAACAUCGUACAACUCUUCGAAGUCAUGGCCACCAAAUCUAAGAUCUACUUCGUUAUGGAAUACGUCCGUGGUGGCGAACUUUUCAAUAAAGUAGCCAAAGGCCGAUUAAAAGAAGUCAUCGCCAGAAAAUACUUCCAGCAAUUGAUCUCGGCUGUCAAUUUCUGUCACGCCCGCGGCGUAUAUCACCGUGACUUGAAGCCCGAGAAUCUACUCCUUGAUGAAAACGGGGAUUUGAAAGUCUCAGAUUUCGGAUUGAGCGCCGUUUCGGAUCAGAUCCGGCAAGACGGUUUGUUUCAUACGUUUUGUGGGACCCCUGCUUACGUGGCACCGGAAGUUUUGGCGAGGAAAGGAUACGAUGCGGCGAAAGUAGAUAUCUGGUCUUGCGGGGUAAUUUUGUUUGUUUUAAUGGCGGGGUAUUUACCGUUUCACGAUCAAAACAUUAUGGCUAUGUAUAAGAAGAUUUACAAGGGUGAGUUUAGGUGUCCGAGAUGGUUUUCACCUGAGUUAAUUCGGUUACUUACGAAGCUUCUGGAUACGAAUCCGGAAACCAGAAUAACGAUUCCUGAAAUCAUGGAGAACCGUUGGUUUAAAAAGGGGUUUAGACAUAUUAAAUUUUACAUUGAAGAUGAUAAAUUUUGCAGUGUUGAGGAGGACGAUGAUGGCGUGGGAUCAUGUUCGGACCAGUCAUCAAUGUCUGAAUCUGAAUCUGAGUUGGAAACUAGGAGGAGAAUUGGUACAUUGCCGAGGCCAGCUAGUUUAAAUGCGUUUGAUCUUAUUUCAUUUUCUCCCGGAUUCAAUUUAUCUGGAUUGUUUGAGGAAGGAGAGGAAGGGUCAAGGUUUUUGUCAGGGGCACCUGUUUCGAAAAUUAUAUCGAAAUUGGAGGAGAUAGCGAAGUUGGUUCGUUUUACAGUGAGGAAAAAGGAUUGUAGAGUGAGUUUGGAGGGUUCUAGAGAAGGGGUGAAAGGGCCAUUGACAAUUGCUGCUGAGAUAUUCGAGUUGACGCCUUCUUUGGUUGUUGUGGAAGUAAAGAAGAAAGGAGGGGACCGAGGAGAAUAUGAAGAGUUUUGUAACAGGGAGUUGAAACCUGGGUUAGAGAAUUUAAUGGUGGAGGAAUCACGAUCUGUUGCAGCUGCUGCGACCGCUGCUUCAUUUUUACCUUCGGAUACGGAGUAGAGAGAGAGGAGGAAGGGAAAAGGGUAAUGUUAUACUUCAUCUCUGUCUACUUUUCUACAGUCCCUCGCGAUAAUAAUUUAAGUCAGGUGAAUAGCUACUUUGAUAGGUUUUAUAUUUUUCUUCACAUCAUUUCUGGGUCAAUUGCCUUUUUUCCAAAGUGUAGGAAGCUUUAAUUAUCAUUAUUCAUUAGCACGCCUAGUUAUGACACAAAUAUACGACUUGAAACUGGCUUUUCCUUUUUUGUCAUUUUCUUCCUGUACAGUUUCAGUUUUUCUUUUUAAUGGACAGCCUUGAAUGAAUGAGAGACAGGUGGAUCAGAAAUGAGUGAAAGCCUGCAUCACUGAUUGAAAAUUCAUUGGAAAUUUUAACCUCUUUUUUAUACGUUUGUUUGAAUUCUGGACACAUCUUUUCUAGCAUUUAUCAAAUGAAAAUGUUGAUUUAGUUUAACAUGUUUUUCUUUUUAACAUUUCGGUUGUUUUCUUAGCCGAAGUCUAUGAAAGAUAUUAAAAAUGUCACAAUUCUAUGGUGCUGUUUUUGUUUUUUCGAGCUAUCUCAAUAAAAGAUCUUUAAGCCUUGAUUUUCCAUUUAAUUGUCUUUUUCGGAUGGAGUUAAAUUUGUUUUUCUUGCAAGCUGUUCGUUGUUGUGUUGUGCCAAUUUGCAUCCUUGAUCAAGUAUCCAUAACUGUAGCUAUAUCGCUGCCUGUCGUGCAAAUAAGUAAUGUCGAUGUGUUCGCCCCGUAAAUUUGAUUUCUCAGUAACUCAGGUUAGUUGAUGAGAAUAUAUAAAAGGAUUCAUAGCAGCCAUGGGAGUUUUGAUGGAAGCAGUCAGGAUUCAGCAAGGCUCAGGCAUGCGUGAGUUCAAGGUGUUUUCAACAACAAGUUAUUGGGGUUACAGAGCAAUGUCGCCAAAGUUUGAUCACUUAGCUUAUGCUGGGGUUUACAGUCCUGCAAUUGAAAGAAGACAUUCAGACCUUUGGCUUAAUAAUUUGCAUAAAGAAAAAAGUGUAGCAGCCAACUUACAGAUAUUCAAAUAUGAACUUUAGUAACAAAUGAGAAGCACUACUAAGUACCAAUUGAUCCAGAUACAAUUUCCAGUCGUGCUCUGUCGGGCCUACUGGGGAAAAUGCUGGCUGCACCUUGGGCCUUGGUCCCUUUGUUUAUUAUGUUUUCUCAUGGAUUGGAGACUUUUUUUUUUAAUUGUUAAAGACAAUUCAAUUCCUUGCCAAAAUUUACGAAGUUUCUUCUUCGAAAGUGGGAAUUCAUCAGCCUGAAGCAGGGGAUUCUUGGAUUGAAUAGGUUGCCGAACUUGCUUCCGGUUUUGCCACUUAUCUUUCCAUGCUGCAGACGACUACUGCCCUGACAAUAAAAUCUGAGGAUUCUGCUUCUAGUGCCGAUCUAAGCUUUUUUAACAUCCUACUAAUGUAUUUGUCUAUACGGAGAAAAUGCAUUUGUGUAGUGUAGCUUCAAAAGCUUAAUUGCUUAAUCUUCCUGACACAAGGAAAUUUGUAGAGAAUUUUGUAGCCGCAGCCCUUACGUUCUAGUUUCAAAUGCUAAACACACCUACCUGGUGCUGCCGGUUCUU